UUAAUUGCACCUAAAAUUUUCGGAAAAAUAAUACUGAAGCCCUUUUAAUUUCGAAAAUACUCAAGUUCCCCUAGGAUGACCGAAGAGACACAAAUUAUGUAACGCCGCUUACAUUACAUUUCUGGAGAAUUUAAAGUACUCUGAAUAGCCUAGAAAGUGUUUGAAUUUUUCCAUGUAUUCGGACCGGACGUGAAAGCCUUAUGACAUUUCAAACAUAUCGCGCGAGGUUGAACACAAGAACCGGAAUAUUAGUCCCGGUUCAUUUGUUGUUUCUUAAUGGCGCCUUUUUUUUUCAGUAGAUGAUUUUAAUAUUUUAUAUUGCAGGACGUAGCUGCAAGAGGAUUGGAUUUACCUCAUGUUAAUUGGAUAAUCCAGGUAAACUAAUCAUCAUCAUUAUUUUUCUUUCAAAACUAUUCUUCGAAGUAGAAAUAUCCUGUUUCGCUACCGGUAGAUUAAAUAUUUGAAAUGCAAGUUUUCUUGCGUUUUUUGCCUUUACAGGAGGCAUAACUGUUUACAAACAUUGUUUUUGUGAUUUAAAUUUGUAACGAGUGAAAUUAAAGAAUCUUAUGUUUUGAGGAACCAAUGCGCUUUUGCUUGGCACAUUAACGUCAGCUUGAGUAUUGCUACAGUCCAGUUUUUUUAAUAAGAGUGAUUUACAUCAAGUUGCCUCCACAUUUUUUUGUAUAUAAUGUAGUACAACACUCCAGGAAACCCAGCCGAUUAUGUUCACAGAGUUGGUCGCACAGCAAGAAUCGGACUGAAGGGGAAUGCCUUGCUCUUUUUAUCUCCUGCUGAAGUAAGUUUAAAUGAAUGCUGUUCUUACCAAUAUGUCGGUGGCGUCUAUAUAUGAUAAACCCCAAAGCCAGAGAGAGCUGAUCCUGUUUGUCUUGUUCGGUGUAUUUUGUAUAGCCAUUUAUUUUUCCAAACCUUCCACUUCCAGUUAUUUGCCUUUUUGUUACACUGUUAUCUUUGACUUUGUUGUCAAUCCAUAGUGUUAUUGUCGUUGUGGAAAAAUGUCGUGCUUGUCUUCCUCAUAAACGCUAACGUAGAAGUUUCUUCUGUGGUACUGAGUUGUGGGGUUGAGCCGGUACAUUUAGCUGUCGGUAAGAGAUUUUCAAUGUACAGUCGACUCUCUCUUAACGCACACCUCUGUAAAACGGACACUUAGAGUUGGUCCCUGCCUUUCUUUACUCCCUUUAUUUGACUCUCUAUAAGACGGAGACUUAGACAAAGGUGUCCGUCUUUAUAGAGAGAGUUGACUCUACUCAUUCCCUUUAUUGUUUGCUUUUUUUCUUCUGAUUUGUCCUCAGGUGGGGUACUUAGAAACACUAAAGAAACAUGGAAUCAGGUUUGUAAAUAGCCUCUAGCAAGCCCUCCAUUUAUGGCGAGCGAAGCAAGCCGCGAGGGGCGGCGGGAAGGAGAACUCUCCCUUUCUUUACACGCCCCUCGCACUCGCGUCUCCUUUCGUGUGCUGCUCUCACGUGACUUCUCGCGACUCCCUCAAAUGGAGAGCUUGCUCGCAGGCUAGUUUCUAAAUAAACAGCGUCUUUAUGCGGAUGUUCUGUCACGGGAUGUCUGUGGCAGAUGAAUGGGCUCUUUUGUUUACAUUUUAGCCCAGCAGUUUAACUAAAUGACUGUUAGACUAUUUGGCAGUAGCCUUGUCAAUUAAAAAAAACGCUCCUCCUCCCCCCGCUACAGUUUUUUCGCGCCUCCAGAUGGGUUGAACAUCUUGCUCAGUUUAGUUUCGUUGUUUGUCUCUCUUAGCCCGCAUUAUUUCCAAUUUGUGGUUGUCAAUAAUCACUCAACUUUAUAAUAACGAUGUCUCAUUGCAGCCCUGACGAGUUAUUUGUUAACGAAGUGCUCAAAACCCUGGUUGUGUCUCACCAUGUUUCGUCAGGGAGGAAAACCAAGGUAAGUAAUUCAGUGACGUGAGUAGUAUUUGGCUGGUGGCCACUAUACCUCUUAUGUAUGUAUCAUAUUGAACUGUAUGACUUUAACUUAUGAAAUGUUUAGAAACCAGUUCAUGUAUUGAUGAAAAAUAGAGUUGAAAGCAUGUAUCAUAACCAGUCAGUUUAACACUGAUACUUACAAGAACUGUUCCUCGUCGGUAAUAUGUGUGUAUGUAUAGGAUGCUUUAUUACAGUGUCCAAUUCGCCACGUUAUAUGCACAGUAUAACUGGAGGUUUUAAACCACUCACGUUAACAUCAUUGUCUUAUUCUGCAGAAUGUUCUGGACCACAACGCGCAGGAGUCAGCCACAAAUUUGCAGAAUUCUUUUGAGGAUUACGUUCUUUCCGAGCCGCGUCAUUUGAAAGCAGCAAAGACUGGUAGGUUUUUAUGCCGCUUGUUUUGAAGUAAGGCCACGUUUGCACGAGGGUUCUUGAAUUGAGAAAGUUUCUUUUUUUCUCACUUUUUUUAGGCCGGUGACACAUACAUGUACUUGUCCCCGAUCGUAUAAUUUCAGUUGUAAUUUUUUUUUGAACGUGAAGAGGAUAAAGAAAGCACCAAUGGUUUGGCUACCUUUGUCUUUCUUUUAUUUGUCUGUCACUUUGUGGGAUGCCUAAGAUACCAACUCUGAACAUUCAACGCUUCAUUUGCCGCUCAUUCGGCAAAAUUUAUUCAGUCGUGGAAAUCCCGCAGUGCCGCAGUGUAGGAAAAAUGAUCAUGUAACUCGAUAAUUGGCGAUCAGAUUUAAUCCAGAGAAUUAUGGAAGUUCCGACCUGUUGAAUAUGCCUGUUGACUUUUUCAGCAUAUCAGUCAUUUGUGCGAGCGUACGCAACUUAUCCCAGCAAUCUGAAGCACAUUUUUCAUAUCAAGAACUUGCACUUGGGGCAUGUGGCCAAAAGUUUCGCUCUGAGAGAUGCCCCGAAAGAAAUGUUCCACUCAACCAAGAAGCACAAGAACCAGAAAAGGAAAAGGUAAGGUUAUAAUUUAAAAGGGAGGACAGUGAUUAUGAGAAGAGAAUUAUGUUGGUAUACAUCUGUUUAGUACAGCCCUCACUGCAUGACAACCAAGUGACACUUUCCGAUGCGAAGUUUUAAGAAGAAACGAAAGCAUUCUUUCUGAACUUGGUUCGGUGCAUAAGAAUUUAUUUUCUGGCAGACAAAUUGAGCGAGUCAUGUUACUUUAACUCGACGCCUCAGAAAGACGUGAAAGAGUGACUGUUAGACCACAUGCUUGUUAUCAAAUGAGGCAAGCGGGUUGAUAUUGGUUUAAUUUUUUGUUUUUCUCUAUAUAUUUUUUAUUUAUUAUGAUUGACAACAGUUCUUACUUUGAUAAUCCACUCAAUUUCUUCCCUUUGUCAUUAAGUGCAUUUUCACAACACUUCUUUAUGCUGCCUUAUAUGGCGAUCAACUGUUUUAUUUUUUGUCUUAGGGAUCGUGAUAAAAAGACAAGUGACAACAAGCUGAUGUUUGAGUACUCAUCAGAUCGCACUGACCUACAGGGUCCUUUGCCCAAGAAACGAAAGAAGAAGACAAAAUAGAUAGGGCUAUAGCGCAUUUUUUUAAACUAACUAGUGCAUUGGCCUGCUACAGUGGAGGCUGGACGGACGAUGGAGUAUCGCCAGGGUGCUCGACCUUGAGGGGUGCACUUCCUUCACGUUCUGCGCCCAUCGUGCGUUUCACGCGAGUCAUAUGUUCUCACUCUUCCUUUUACACGCCACGCAAACCACUAACACAUUGAUUUUUCUGUUGUACGAUACAUACCCGAUACAAACACGAGGGCGCAAUUCUUACGCGCUAUGCUUCUUCUCUGCUUCUUCACGCAAGUAGAAUUCCCCUCCUGUUGACUAUUGUAAGAGCUCCAGGUUUUGGAAGAUCAUGAUAGAUGACUAUAAAAUAAUUUGAGGUGUGCAUCUGUGCUUCUAAUAAUUUGGGAAAAUAAUAUUAAACUUGUACAGUACUUAUCUUGGUCAGAUAAUCAAAUGUGCGUCCCUUUAAGAUUUCUUAACACUCAAUUGCUUGACUCGAAUGCGUCAUAGAAGUUGACAAAAAUGCAAUAGCGAACUUCACAUUUGCAAGUUCCACCGAAACGAAACACGGCUACUGUAUACGAUUGAGAAAUAUGUUCAGAUAAAACGUUAUUUGAAAGUUAGUAGGUUACAAUGUAAAAGCAGAAACUCCAUAAACUUAAGAAAUGCUUUGCAGAUUUUUGCAUACUGUCACUUAUAGCAUGCCCUGCGAGCAGUGGUUUCUCCAAGUCGGACGCAACGCUACUGCGAGCCAAACUGCUAGCAACCGUCUGCUUCUUUGAUAUUCUCGACCCCAGUGCUUACGGGUUUGGGAAUGCGCGCGUAAGCUCUGGGAAACUCUGCGCCGGAGUAGCCAAAAUCUGGCUAUUUG